CAAUUGGCGGCAGUCUCUGCGUCUUGCACUCCGCACCCUGAGCUCACCUGGCUGAGCACUUGUCCUCUGCGGCCCGGGGCCCAAGGACUCUUACACCCUUCCCUGCUGGUCGCGCGCCUGCUCGCUCGCUCUGCCUAAAGGGUCACCUUUUGAUUCUGGGCGCGAAAGCCAGGCUUCCAGAGCCCAAGGUCGGCUGGGAGUCAGCCAGAGCACAGAGAAAGAGAGCCCGGGCAGCCCCGGAAGGGCCUCGCGGGCCCAGGAGCAUUGGUGCCAGGAGACACCGGGCUCCUGAUCGUCCGGAGGACUAAUAGUUAUUAUUUUAGUACAGGAAGCAUUUUUAGAGAGGCUGGUGAAGCAUGUCUUUAGCAGAUAAGAGACUUGAGAACUUGCAGAUCUACAAAGUUCUUCAGUGUGUUCGGAACAAAGACAAGAAACAGAUAGAAAAGCUGACCAAACUUGGACAUCCUCAACUGAUCAAUUUCACAGAACCUGUUGAUGGACUCAGUGCUCUGCACUUAGCCUCAGUUUCCAAUGACAUUGAUAUGGUCAGCUUUCUCCUUGAACUUGGGGCUCACCCUGAUGUGCAAGAUCGAAAUGGCUCUACUCCAACAAUGAAGGCUGCAGAACUGGGCCAUGAACUGUCAAUGGAAAUACUAGCCAAGGCAAAGGCUGAUAUGACUAUAGUUGAUAAUGAAGGAAAAGGUGUUUUGUUUUACUGCAUUUUACCUACGAAGCGGCAUUAUCGUUGUGCUUUGAUUGCCCUCGAACAUGGUGCAGAUGUCAACAAUAUUAACUAUGAAGGAAAACCAGUAUUCCUUAGAGCUUGUGAAGAAGCACAUGAUAUUAAAGACAUGUGCCUGACAUUUUUGGAAAAAGGAGCCAAUCCCAAUUCUAUCAACUCAUCCACAGGUCGUACAGCUUUAAUGGAAUCAUCAAGAGAAGGGGUGCUGGAACUAGUUCGGGGAAUGCUGGAAAGAGGAGCCGAAGUGAAUGUAUUUGACAAUGACAGACAUGAUGCUGCUCAUUUUGCUGCCAAAGGAGGCUUUUUUGAUAUAUUGAAGCUUCUUUUUGCCUACAAUGGAAAUAUGGGGUUGAUUGCAAUGAAUGGGAACACGCCACUUCACUAUGCUGCCAUGGGUGGUUUUGCAGAUUGCUGUAAAUAUAUCGCACAACGAGGAUGUGAAUUGAAAUGGAAGAAUUUAGAUCACAAAACUCCAAGGGCUGUGGCCAAAGAAGGAGGCUUCAAAGCAGCAAGCAAAGAAAUACGACGAGCUGAGAGAAUUGCUAAAAAACUGGAGAAACCUGGAGUCAAAAACCCCAAUCCAAAGUGGGCCCUCAGAUUACAUGAUUGGUCCAUAGAACACGAGGCCCUCCUUCGAGAAGGCUUCUCCUUUUUAGACAGAGGAAACGGGACAGUGUCCAAGGAAGACUUUGUGCUGAUCCUGAAGGAUAAGCAAGAGUAUGCAACCUCUGAACAGCUGGCCAUCAUAGCUCAACUUCAUGAAAAGACCCGGGACGGUGGAGUCAACAUAAAUGAUUUCUUUAAAGGAACCAGAUACUUAAGCAAGUCUUUUGUCUUGGGAUCUUAUGGGCCCAAGAAAAAGAAAAGAGGAAUGGGCAAAAAGGGUCGGAAAGGCAAAUUUGUUUUACCCCUCCCAAUCUGCGUCAUUCCUGAGAGUGUAUUUCCAUUCAGGCCAGAUGGUGGGCCUCCAUAUUACAUGAUUGAAACCUACCAGAAUGUAACUGAUUGCAGCCGGUUUAAUCAAGAUCACCCACCAGAACAUCCCAUUCAGGAUGAUUCUUCUUGGUACAUUGAUGAUCCAGGGAAAGUAUUUUCAAAUAUUAAUUUUGUCACCAAGGCUGGGGACCUGGCAUCUCUGAAAAAGGCUUUUGAAGCAGGAAAACCUGUGGAUAUGAAGGAUAAUUAUUACAAAACACCACUAAUGACAGCGUGUGCCAGUGGAAACAUAGAUGUUGUCAAGUUUCUUCUCGAAAAAGGGGCAAACGUUAAUGCAACAGAUAAUUUUCUGUGGACUCCACUUCAUUUUGCAUGCCAUGCAGGGCAGCAAGACAUUGCUGAACUGCUUGUUAAGUCUGGAGCUACCCUAGAUGCACUUUCAAUCAACAACUCAACUCCCUUAAGUCGAGCCAUUGAAAGCUGCAGACUGGAUACUGUAAAAUACCUACUUGAUAUUGGUGCUAAAUUCCAGCUGGAAAAUAGAAAAGGGCAUAGUGCCAUGGAUGUUGCAAAGGCAUAUGCCGAUUAUAGAAUAAUUGAUUUGAUUAAAGAAAAGAUAGAUAACUUGCCUAAAACAGCAGAAAAUCAAAAAAUGAAAAGCAAGACACCUCCUAAAUUGAAAACUGAAGGCCCUGAGAUUAAGAAAGAGGAGGAACCACUUUCAUCCAUUUAUGGUAUGCCAGUCAUAUCGGAGGAAAAGAAAAUACAAAGGGAUAAUGUGGUUUAUCUCAAUUCAUUGAUUACCAGGGGCUAUACCAAGAAAGUGGAUAUCACAUAUGUUCCACAAAGGAUUUGGAGUCCUGAAGCCACAACAGCCGAGCUGAUCAGGAAAAGGGAGCUGCGGCGGGAGAGGUUUACUUAUGAGGUGGACUUUGAGGAUUUCAUGAUGCCUUUUCAGAAGAAUAUCACUGAAAAAGUCCAAGCAUUGGAAGCUGCUCUCAAGAUCUGAAUUACAGCAGUUUCUUCAUAGGGUAAAUUCUCUGAGGUACAGGGAUGGAACUUUGGAGAAAGUCAAUGUUUCUAUCAAAGUCAAAAUCCCCCAAUUAAGCAUUCAUUACCAAAUAUUUGGUUUUUUAUUUAACGUCCAUAAAUGUUCUGAGAUAUAUAGUGAAGAUGUGCUUUAUUUUGCAAUGAAUGGCAUGGUACUGUGGAUAAAUCCCCCAAUCACCAAAAUGUAGUAGAAUAUCUGGCCUUUGGGUAUGAACAUUGCUGUCAAAAAAAAAAAAAUCUGCCUGAUGUAUGAUGUAAGGUUUAGUAAAGAUAAAAUUCUAGUAGAAAUUGAUUAAAAGUUUAAUAUAAGGAAGAUGUAGUAUGCAGUUGUUUAAGGAAGGAGUUUGUUUCUCACAUACCAUUAUAAAUCAUGUGACUUAGAUACCUUGGGCCAAAUAAAUUUUGGACACUCACUUCCCUUCCUACUCUGGGACUGUAAGUCCCUCAGGCCUGACUUCCAAAUGCCAGAGGGCUACCUCUAGCACUUAAACUUGAACAGCAGAGCAGAAGUGCUUGAGAAAUCACAAUCCACUCUAAGCAACACUCAGUCAAUGAAUGAAUACAUUCAGAUCCCCCAGCUCUCUGGUAAGAUUUUUCUGAAGUGUACAUUCUCAUAAGGCCAAGUUUCCCACAGUGGUGACUGGUUUGAUAACUCACCCUUCAUUACCACUUUCCUUUCCCUGUUCCACUCUUCCCCUCCUUUGCUAGUUUUUAUUGCCAUUACCUCCUUGUCUCCUUUUGCUUCUGGAAGGGCCUAAACUAAGACAACAUCUAUGGUAUUCUGAGGCUCAUAGCAAAAGUAUUGAAAAUGCAUUUCCUUUUCUUCUGUUUACUACAAAAUAAACAUUUCUCCAGUCUGGAGAAUCUUCCCUCAGAGUCUUUAUCUGCAAUUAAGAGGCAGUUCAAGUGGUAUUCACAUAAUAGCUGGUACUUUGAACAGAAUUUCCAGAUGCCAGGAAAAAAUAUGAGAAUGUCUAGAGGUUAUCAUUGUGAAUUUCCCUUAAGGGAAUCCCAUUAUUUCCUGUUUUCUACUGCUUGUUCAUUAAGUUGAUUCUCAAGUAUUUUAUUUUUUUUUUUUGAUGUUACUAUAAAUGGGGUGGUUUUUCUCAUUUCCCUUUCAGAGGAUUUGUCAUUGAUAUACAGAAAUGCCUUUGAUUUAUGGGUGUUGAUUUUGUAUCCUGUUACUUUGCUGAAUUCAUUUACUAGUUCUAGAAGUUUUCUGGUGGAACUUUUUGGGUCUUCUAGGUAUAGAAUCAUAUGGUCAGCAAAUAGUGCUAAUUUGAAUUCUUCUUUUCCUACAUGUAUGCCUUUAAUUUCUUUCAUCUAAUUGCUCUGGCCAGUGUUUCAAGAACUCUGUUAAAUAGAAGUGGUGAAAGAGGGCAUCUCUGUCUUGUUCCAGUGUUUAGAGAGAAUGCUUUCAAUUUUUCUCCAUUGGCCUGGGACUUACCAUAGAUAGCUUUUACAAUGUUGAGAUAUGUUCCUCUUAUCCCUAGUUUUUCUAGUGUUUUGAACAUAUGAAGGGGUGCUGUAUUUUUUGUUGAAUGUUUUUUCUAUGUCUAUUGAGAUGAUCAUAUGGUUCUUUAGUCUAUUAAUAUGAUGAAUUACAUUUAUUGAUUUCUAUAUGUUGAACCAAACUUGCAUCCCUGGGAUGAAUCCCAUUUGAUCAUGGUGCACAAUCUUUUUGAUGUUCCUGUACUCAUUUUGCCAGAAUUUUAUUGAGAAUUUUUGCAUCUAUGUUUAUUAGAGAUAUUGGUCUGAAGUUUUUAAAAUGUGUCUUUGCCUGGUUUUGGAAUCAGGGUGAUACUGGCCUCACAGAAUGAGUUUGGAAGUGCUUCCCCUUUUUCUAUUUCCUGAAAUAAAUUGAAGAGUAUUGGUUUUAGUUCUUCUUUAAAGGUCUUAUAAGACUUGGCUGUGUAUCCAUCUGGUCCUUGGUUGGUAGUCUUCUGAUGGCAUCUUCUAUUUCAUCACUUGAAAUUGAUCUGUUUAAAUUGUGUAUAUCAUCCUGAUUCAAUUUGGGCAAAUCAUAUGACUAGGAAUUUGUUGAUGCUUUCAAUAUUUUCUAUUUUCUUUGAGUACAAGUUUUCAACAUAAUUUCAAAUUAUCUUCUGUAUUUCUGUAGUGUCUGUCAUAUUUCCUUUUUCAUCACAUAUGUUAGUAAUUUGAGUUUUCUCUCUCCUCUUUGUGAGCAUGGCUAAGGAUCUGUAAAUCUUAUUUUUUCAGAGAACCAACUUUUUGUUUUGUCAAUUUUUUCAAUUGUUUCUUUUGUUUCAAUUUUAUUGAUUUCAGCUCGGAUUUUAAUUAUUUCCUGUUUUCUACUCCUUUUAGUGUAAAUUUGAUCUUCUUUUUCUAGGGCUUUGAGAUGCAAUGUUAAGUCAUUUAUCUGUUAACUUUUUCUUUUUCUAAGGAAUAAACUGCAUGCAAUGAACUUUCCUCUUUAGAACUGCCUUCAUAGUGUCCCAGAGAUUUCAGUAUGUUGUAUAUGUGUUCUCAUUCACCUCUAAAAAUUUUUUAAUCUCCUCCUCAAUGUCUUCUGCAACCCAUUGUUCAUUCACCAUAUUUUUUUGUCUCCAGGUGUUGGAGUAGCUUUUAUUCUCUAUUUUAUUAUUGAUUUCUAAUUUUAUUACAUUAUGAUAUGAUAGAAUGCAGGGUAGUAUCUCUAUUUUUUUAUAUUUGCUAAGAGUUGCUUUGUGGCAUAAUAUAUGGUCUAUUUUAGAGAAAGAUCCAUGUGCUGCUGAGAAGAAAGUGUAUUCUCUCAUUGAAGGAAUGAAAUAUGUCAGUUAAGUCUAAGUUAUUGACUGUAUUAUUGAGUUCUGUAGUUUCUUUGUUCAGCUUUUGUUUGGAAGACUUAUCCAGUGAUGAGAGAAGUAUGUUAAAGUCACCCAAAAUUAUUGUGUUGUGGUCUAUUUGACUCUUGAACUUGAGAAAACUUUCUUUGAUGAACAUAGAUGCUCCAUUGUUUGGGGCAUAUAUAUUUAAAAUUGUUAUGUCUUGUUGGUAUAUGGUUCUCUUGAGCAGUAUUAGUAUCCUUCUUUAUCGCUUUUGAUUAACUUUAGCUUAAAGUCUACUUUAUUUGUUAUGAAGAUGGAAACCCCUACUUGCUUCCGCAGUUCAUGUGAGUUGUAUGAUUUUUCCCAACCUUUCAUCUUCAGUCUGUGGAUGAGAUGAGUCUCUUAGAGACAGCAUAUUGUUGGGUCGUUUUUUAUUUGAUCCAAUCUGCUAGUCUAUGUCUUUUGAUUGCUGAGUUUAGGCCAUUAACAUUCAGGGUUAUAACUGAGACAUUAUUUGUUUUCCCAGCCAUUUUUGUUAAUUUUUGGUAUGUAAUGUGACUUGAUUUUUUCUCUUUAGUGUAAUAUAUCUCUUGGCUGAUUUUCAUCAUUGUUUUUCAUUUUCUCUUCACAGAAUAUUUUUCCAAAGAUGUUCUGUAGUGCAGGCUUUCUAGUUGUAAAUUCUUUUAACUUUUGUUUAUCAUGGAAAGUUUUUAUUUCAUCAUCAAAUAUAACGCUUAAUUUUGCUGGAUAUAAGAUUCUUGGUUGGCAUCCAUUUCUUUUUGCAGAGCUUUGUAUAUGUUAUUCCAUGAUCUCCUGACUUUGAGGGUCUGGGUUGAAAAAUCUGCUGAGAUACAAAAUGGUCUCCCUCUAUAAGUGAUCUGAUUUGUCUCUCUUGCAGUUUUUAAGAUUCUCUCCUUAUUCUGUAUGCUAGACAUUUUCAUUGUAAUGUGUCUUGGUAUAGAUCUGUUGUAAUUUUGUAUAUUUGGUGCCCUGUAAGACUCUUGAAUUUGGUUUUCCAAUUCAUUCUUCAUGCUUAUGAAAUUUUCUGAUAUUAUCUCAUUGAAGAGAUUGUACAUUCCUUUAGUUUGAAACUCUGUGCUUUCCUCUAUCCCAAUAACUCUUAGAUUUUGUCUUUUGAUGCUGUCCCAUAAUUCUUGGAUGUUCUCUUUUAUGGUCUCUUACUAUCUUCGCUGUGUGGUCAACUUUUUUUUUUCCAGAUUGUAUACUUUGUCUUCAUUAUCUAACAUUCUUUCUUGCAAGUGAUCUAGUCUGUUGGUUAUGCUUUCAAUUAAAUUUUUUAUUUGGUUUAUUGUUUCCUUCAUUUCAAGGAUUUCUGACUUUUUUUUUCAGAGUCUCUCUUUCUUGAAGUAAUCUUUUGCUAUCUGUAUUUGCUCUUUUAUCUCUUUGUUGGAGUGAUCAAUUUUUGCCUCUAUUUGCUCAUUUAGGUCCCUCUUUAAUUCACAGAUCAUUUUAAUUAUGAACCUUCUGAACUCCUUCUCUGACAUUUCAUCAACUUUGCUGUCCAUGGGUUCUGUUAUUGUAGUGUCCUGGUUUGUUUAAGACACUUUCCUCCCUUGUUUUCUUUCUUUUUUAAUGUUGUUUAUGUGUCUUCCUUUCUUGCAAUGUGGCUCUUGAGAUAUUACAGUUUAUCCUGUAUAUUCUUGUAGUAUCCAUGCAGAUUGUCUGUACCUUACCUUUAUGUUGGCUUCCAGACCCUGCUAGUGUCCUUCAAUGUAUGCUAUUGCAACUAAAGGUGGUGGUGGCAAUAGCCAAGGUAACUUGAGAUAAUAGUGGAAGUUCCCCAAGAUGGAUGCAAUGUCUUACAGAGAUGGGAUUGAAAGGAGGGUGGGCCUUGCACUGUCUUUGGGUUGCCAGUUCUGAGUUGCAGUUGCUUCCAAGCCCUGUCUAUUGUCCAAAAGGUAGGGCUACUGCAUGGGGAAGUCUAUGGUGAUGUCUGCAUUGUCCCAAGAUGGACGUGGUUAGGCUUGGGCUCCCAGGUGGGGGGCAGUGACGAACUCGGACCUACCCUGGGCCUGGGUCCUGCUCAGGCCAGUGUGGGCAAAUCUGGACUGGGCCUGGGCUCCCACCGUGGUCUCUGGCCUGAAGAGGCGAUCCUGUGCCCGAGACUGAGCUCCAGUGGGUGUCUACCAGUGGCAGGAUGGACCUGAUGAUGUCAACUUUGUAAACUUCAAGUUAAAGUGUUGUCUAUGUAGUUUCUCUAUUACAGUCAAUAUUUUUCUCUUUAUAGUAUAAAUAAGUAUCUCAUGGGUAGAUCUUUGAAACUGUAAAUUUUCUUUUAUGUCCAUAAAUAUCACCCAUUAAUUUUUAAUAUUCAUUGAUGAUACUUGCCUGGAAUGAGUGUUAAAGGGACAAUAGCCAUAAGCUAAUUUUUCAACUUCAUCAUUAUUUCCAUUUCUUAGUUAUUUUCUGCUGUUGAGCAGAGCUUUCUUUUCUCCACUAAUUUAUGUACUUAAAUAAGUAUGGACUCAUGCAUUACUUUCUUACUUAACAGGUUAUAAUUAUAGGAACCCACUCAACACUCCAGUGUUGGUAAUGUAUCUAACAGCAGCAAUUUCUAGGAUCUAAGGCUGCCAUAAGUUCCUCUUAGGGACCAACCUACUUCUAAGAGGGAAAACACAAAUAAAACUGUUCCAAAUCCAUUUUUGAGGAAUGUAACCUUUCUGGCUCAGAAAGUGACAAAAGGACCAUUUAUACCUAGAUUGAUAAACUAUCAAAACCUUUAUUAUCUCCUGUUUGUUCUCCUGAAACCCCAUUGAUCCUUCAAAAAAAAAAAAAAAAAGCCAUUUGUUCUCACAUAAACACCCUCUCUACCUCCCCUUUUCCUAUUUUUUAAUUUGUUUAAAUUUUAAAAACUAUUACAAUUGUGUACAUAUUUGUGGUAUAUAAUGUGAUGAUAUAUAAGCUCCCGGUUCUAACUACUACUUUGAAUUUCUCAUCACAGUAAUGGUAAGAAGUACAUGCACACUGCACCUGUAAAUAAACUCCCUUUUCUUUUA